UUUCAGGCCACUGAGCUAUGGAAUUGAUAUUUUUUUCUGAACUUGGACCUAGAGAACUUGGAGAAAAUUAAAAAAUGGAUAAAUUAGAAAAACGUGAUCCAGAUCGAAUUAAAAAAAGUAGAAAAAGAAAAGUAUCAAGUUCGAGUUCUAGUUCCAGUUCCAGUUCCAGUUCAAGUUUUGACUCAAGUUCGGAUUCGGACUCGAGCGAAAAAAAAAAACUAAAGAGAAAAAAAAAAUACAAGAAGGAUAAAAAAAUAAAGAAGAAGAUGAAAAAGUUGAAGAAAAAAUUGGAAAAAAAAGAAAAAGAAGUUUUGAAAAAUGCUAGGAAUCAGCUGGAAGUUAUUGAGGAUAAAAAAACUAAGACUGAGGUAACUGAUGAUGACAGAGGUGGACGAUCGAUGGCUCCGAUGACCAAAGAGGAAUGGGAAAAAAGGCAGAGUGUCAUCAAAAGAGUUUUCGAUGAAACUACGGGUAGACACAGAUUAAUUAAAGGAGACGGCGAAGUUAUAGAAGAAAUUGUGUCUAGGGAUCGGCACAAGCAAAUAAAUAAACAGGCGACGAAAGGAGACGGAAAUUAUUUUGAAAGUCAUUUAAAAAAAAUGAAAAAAUAAGUAAAUUAUUUGUAUGAUUUUUAAUAAUAAAUUUUUUAUAUUUUAUUUAAAUUUAUUUUUAACUGACACCUAUGGUUAUUUUAUGGGAAUUUUAUUUCCCAUAAAAAAAGAUGGUUGGUUUGUUAAAAAUCCUCAUAAUUUUAGUAUUUAUAUUAAGAGAUUCUGGCUAAACUAUCAGAGAUACACGAAAAGUGAUGAGAACCAAAUUUGUAGAAAAUUAAAUUUCCUACAAAAAUGAUAUCUGCAAAUUAUUUCGUAAGGUCGAUAAUCAAGUAGUAAUUGUAAUUUAAAGACAUCUACUCCAAAAUUUACAGAAAAUUUCUAUUAAAAAUUCCAUUGUAGGCUUGGUAUCUAUAAAAGGUAAUUCUGACUAAACUAUCAAAGAUAUCGAAAAAAUGAUAAGAAUGAAAUUUGUAGAAAAUUAAAUUCUCUGUAAAAAAGGU